CUUCCCAAUCUCCCAAAGCCGGUCUUCGCCACAGUCAGUGGAGAACACAAGUACGAGACCCGGAUCACGGUGCUGGAGAAUGGGCUGCGAGUGGCCUCGCAGGACAAGUUUGGACAAUUCUGCACAGUCGGAGUUUUAGCAAAUGCAGGAUCGAGGCACGAGGCGAGAUAUCCGAGUGGAAUCUCCCACUUUAUAGAAAAACUGGCCUUCUCAUCCACCGCACAGUUUGGCUCAAAGGAUGAGAUCCUGCACACACUGGAGAAACACGGAGGCAUCUGUGAUUGCCAGUCUUCCAGGGACACAACAAUGUUUGCCGUUUCUGCAGAGGUGAAGGGUUUGGAAACUAUGGUCAAUCUCUUGGCCGAUGUGGUGCUUCAACCAAGAUUAACAGACGAGGAGUUGGAAAUGAUGCGCCUGUCAGUCCGCUUUGAGCUGGAAGAUUUGCAGAUGCGACCAGACCCCGAGCCCCUCCUGACAGAGAUGAUUCAUGCGGCAGCUUACCGGGACAAUACGGUGGGACUGCCCAGGUUCUGUCCCGCAGAGAAUGUGGACAAGAUCGAUCAGAAGCUGCUUCACUCGUUCCUGAGGAAUUACUACACAGCAGAUAGGCUGGUGUUGGCUGGAGUUGGAGUUGAUCAUGACCAACUGGUGGAGCAUGCAAAGAAAUACCUGCUGGGUUACACCCCUGUUUGGGGGUCAGGAAGGCCCACUGAUGUUGACCACUCGAUCUCCCAGUACACAGGGGGAAUUGUGAAGGUGGAGAAGGACAUGACUGAUGUUAGCCUUGGACCCACUCCCAUCCCAGAGCUCACGCACAUCAUGAUCGGGCUGGAAAGCUGCUCCUUUCUGGAGGAUGAUUUCAUCCCCUUCGCUGUGCUGAACAUGAUGAUGGGUGGUGGUGGCUCGUUCUCAGCCGGAGGUCCAGGGAAGGGAAUGUUCACCAGACUCUACCUCAACGUCUUAAACAGACAUCACUGGAUGUACAAUGCCACAGCCUAUCACCAUAGCUACCAGGACACUGGGCUCCUGUGUAUACACGCAAGUGCUGAUCCUAGACAGGUCAGGGAGAUGGUGGAGAUUAUCACUCGGGAAUUCAUUAUGAUGACCGGAUCAGUGGGAGAGAUGGAGCUGGAACGAGCGAAGACCCAGUUGAAGUCAAUGCUGAUGAUGAACCUGGAGUCACGUCCAGUUAUAUUUGAGGAUGUUGGACGGCAGGUACUUGCAACAGGGACCCGAAAACUGCCUCAGGAGCUCUGCACACUGAUUGGUGCGGUAAGCGCAGAUGAUAUUAAGAGGGUCACAGCGAAAAUGUUACGCAGCAAGCCGGCUGUGGCAGCCCUAGGAGACCUCAGCGAUUUGCCAACGUAUGAGCACAUUCAGCAUGCACUGACCAGCAAGGACGGUCGCCUACCCCGCAUUUACAGGCUGUUCCGGUGAGUGGGGCCUUCUCCUGGUCCCCAGCUGAUGAACAGAGACAGUACACCUCAAGUCCUGGUAUCUUGUAACUGUGAGCUGCUUAUGGUGAGCAGAGAGAGAGAGAGAGAGAGAGAGAUAAUUGUGUGUAACUAGACCAGAAGAAGAGCAGAAUGCAGUGUGGGUGAGAAGUGGUCUAAUGUACUUGAUAUUAUAUCAAGAUGGUGAAAUGAAACCAGCUUUGAAACGA